AUGGCUUUAAUUAAACAAAAUGACUGUUUCUAUCUCUGUGACUCACAUGCCAGAGACUAUAUGGGCAUGCCUUGUGAAAAUGGCACUGCAGUUGUUAUGAAGUUUGAUGAUAUCUCUUGUCUAGAACAACACCUAUAUUCUUUGUCAGUAGAACUACAUUCCAAUUUAUUUGAACUUGUCCCUGUUCAAUUAAUUGAUGUUGAGUCUGAAAAUGAGAGACCUCAAAGAAACAGAAAAAGAAAGCUUGUGUUGGAAAGUGAUUGCAAAACAAACAAAGAAGACCUGACAAAAUUAAAAAAUUAUGAGUCAAAAAGAAAAAUGUUAUUCAGAGAAAAAGACUGUGACAAGCAAAAAAGACUUGCCAAAGCUAAUAAUUAUAAGAGAGAAAAAAAAUUAGUUGAAACUGAUAGCCAGAGGCAAUCAAGACUUGAGAGAAAUCGUCUGUCUCAGAGACGUUCAAGACUGAGACAAUCACUUGUUCAGAAUGAAAUGAGUCAGCAAGAUUAUUUGACACAAUUCAACAAUACUCAAUAUGGUGGUAUUGAAAAUCAAUCGUGGGCUAAGACCAAUAUCAAUAAAUUUUACAAGUCAAUGCAGUACAAUGUCUGUCACUGUACAGUAUGUCAUGAAGCAUGGCCGAUAAAAUCCACACCAGACCCACCUUACGUUUGUUCAAGGUGUUUUAGAGAUAAGAAAAAUCCAAAAAAAAUGUCAGUUGAAAACUCGAUGAUACCAUCAUCUGUACCAGAGCAACUAAAAAAUUUGACUCAAAUUGAGGAAAUGUUGAUUGCUCGUGCUCUACCAAUAAUGAGAGUAUAUAUUAAACCUGGUGGUCAACGAGGUUUUUCAGGGCAUUGUAUUAACCUGCCUCAAAAUGUCAGAGAACUUGCAACAUCUUUGCCCAGAUAUCCCAAAGAUCUGACUGUAAUUAUAGUCAAAAUGAAAGGUAGAGAAAACACAUUUAGAGAUGUGAUUGUGCUAAAGCAGAAAGUAAACAGUGCUUUACUCUGGUUAAUUAAUAAUAAUCCCCAUCAUUCUGACUUGAGAAUAAAUGAAGAUGCAUUAAAUACUUUACCAGAAAAUGGUGUUCCUGCUAAUCUCAUGUCUAUUGAGACUGAAGAUGAUAUUGUAUCAGAUAGUGAUUCUCCUGCUGCUGCAGGUCCUCCCACUGACAAUCCUUUUGAGGAUAUUGUUUAUAAUGACUCAACUGAAAUGAGUAGUUUUUUACCUGUUGGUGAACAACAACAGCAGGAAAUAGAAGCUGUUCGAAAUCAGCUUUCAGAAAAUGAACCAAUGUCUUGGCCAUCACUUGAGAAUGAACCUCUGAAUGAAUAUCAGAUUUCUCAUCUUGCCACCAUGGCUUUCCCAACAUUAUUCCCUGAUGGUAAAGGGGAUCCUACUAACCAAGGUCUUCUGAGAGAUGUCCCUCUACAAGAACGGAUUAAGCAUCUUUUAAAAUUUGCUGAAUGUAUUGAUGGUAAAUGGGUUUCCCGGUUCGCCAGCCAUCCCAGAUUUUCAUAUUGGGCUUUCAAUAUGAUUCAAAGAAAGCGUAUUCUUCAGCAAAGUGGAAUUUUCCUCAAACAAAAUCCAGGUGAAGCACAUCUUAACAUUGAUGAACUACGGGAAAUGGCUGACAGUAACAAUGCCAAUUUAUUCAUGUCCAAAAUAUCUAGAUAUGUCGGCAAUAUUGCUGGUACUACUGCAUAUUGGAAUAGAGUAAGAGAUGAGCUGAAAGCUAUUAUAACCAAUGUUGGAGCACCAACAUUGUUUUUUACUUUUUCCUCUGCUGACAUGCAUUGGCCAGAGCUCCAUGCUUUAUUUAAUGCAGGAGGAAACGAAAAUCAAAAUGAUAACCAAACCAGUGGGGCAAGGCGACAAAAUGUUAUUAACAAUCCUCAUAUUGUUGAUUGGUUUUUCACCCAAAGAUUAGAAAGCUUUGUGAAACACUGGCUUUAUGAUACACUUGGUGCAAAAUGGCACUGGUUUAGGUACGAAUACCAAGGUAGAGGUAGUAUUCAUUGUCAUGGUACUGCCAAACUAAAUAAUGACCCAGGAUUGUGUCAGCUGACUCAGAUUGCUUUGAAAGGAUUCUUAGCACAGAAAGUGAAAGAUGAAAAUGAUCUUUCUGACACAGUUGAACUUGACCAAGAUAUUGAAGCCGGUCAUCAAGCUGCCAACACUGUAUGUCAAUAUGUUGAUUGGUUGCUUUCAACUGUCAAUCCAAAUCCACCAGAUGACAACAUGUGGAUCAGACCUGAAGUUCAUCCAUGUCAACAACAACAUUCGGAUAUUUCCGAACAUGAUAAACAGUCAGACUAUGUUGAUCUGCUAAACAUGGUACAACGACACACUCGUUGUAGCACAGGUUAUUGCCUUAGAAAAAAGUCAAACGAAUCUGAAUUGAAAUGUAGAUUUCAUUUUCCUUUCAAACAUUGUCCUCAGACAAAACUAGAGUUUGAAAAUGUUCAUACUUCAGGUGAUAGUGAACAUUAUCGAGCCAAAAUAGUUACUAAGAGAAAUGACUCCAGAGUUAACAAUCACCAACAAAUUCAACUGCAAGGUUGGAGAGCUAAUUGCGAUAUACAAGUUGUAAUUGAUCAUUAUGCUUGUGUUGAGUAUUUAACCAAGUAUGCCGCUAAAGAUGAACCAAGAUCUCCUGUAUUGAAACAAGCAUUUAAUUCAAUAAUGCGAAAUAUUGACAAUAACACUGACCCACAUAGAGCAAUAAAGAAAGUAGUAAUGAAAUCUCUUGGUGAAAGAGAUUAUGCUGCCCAGGAGACAAUGCAUCAUUUAAUGUCUCUCAAACUUCACAGUUCAUCAUUCAAAGUUAUACCAGUUAGUCUGAACGGCUCACGCAGAGUGCGUGAUAUCUCAUGUAUUGACGAAGGUGAAUCAUGUACUGAUUAUUCACUAUUAGAUGUGUAUGCUAACCGUGAGCAAUAUAGUACCUCACCUGAAGUAAUAAAUAUGAACUUUGUUCAGUUUGCUACAACUUAUAAAGUUGUUAAAGAUAAAUUAACUAAGUUACCUGAGAAUGUUAUACCAAGAAUAUUUCCGACAUAUUCUCCUAAUCCAAAGGGACCGAAUUUUGCCUCUUAUUGCAAGUAUCAACUUCUAAGGUACAAGCCUUGGAAAUUAUCUCAAAAUAAUGCAUGGGGUGACCAAGAGCCAUCCGAUGAGAUUUUUAUCAAUUCUUGGCAUGAGUUUUUACAAACACCAUAUGGACAAGCGAAUGUCCCUGAUUGGUUUGAUAAGCUACAAGCUGUGGUUCAAAGUCAAGAAACAGAGCAUGAACCUGCUGUAGAGCAGGAAGUAACUCGAGAGGAGUGGAUGAUAUUAUCUGACCUCAAUACUCCAUUUGAAAACUCAGAGCAAUUACCUGGGUUGACACAUGACUGGCAUGGUGACAGAGAAUGUUAUUCCGAUCAACAAAUUCAUGAAAUGCCAACAUGGAUAAAAACAAACAAAGAGGAAUUCACUGUUGACGAGCAAUACGAAGACGUUGACAUCACCAGUUUCAGUGACAUGCAAAACUUAGCUUAUCAUAUUGUUCAGUCUCAUUUUGACGAAAUUUCUUUGAAGAAAGAGCCAUUGUGCCUAAUCAUUAAUGGAGUUGCUGGCACUGGUAAGAGUUAUCUUAUUAAUGCAAUACGAAACUUAUUGCAAAACAAAUGUGCUGUAACUGCUACAACAGGUAAAGCUGCUUAUAAUAUUAAAGGUGUGACAAUACAUUCUUUAUUAAAACUACCUAUUGGUUCAAGAGGCGCCAAAGAUCUCACUGGUCAAAGCUUAUGUAGAUUACAGCAAAAUCUUAAAGAUAUUAAUUACAUCAUUAUUGAUGAAUAUUCAAUGCUUGGCCAAGUUACUUUCGGCUGGAUAGACAAACGAUGUAAACAAGCCACUGGCUGUCAUGAUAAAGUAUUUGGUGAAAAAUCAUUAAUUUUGACUGGAGAUCCUGGUCAACUACCACCUGUGGCUGAUAAACCUUUGUAUCAUGCUAAACCAUCCAAUGCUGUGGGUGAGCAAGGACAUCAAGCUUACAGAAUGUUCGAUAAAGUCAUUAAACUCACUGUGAAUCAAAGAGUGCAAGGUAUGACAUCUGAUCAAGUGUUGUUCAGAGAUUUAUUAUUGCGCCUUCGAAAAGGUGAAUCAACAUUAGAUGAUUGGAAAUUACUUCUUACACGUCAACCAUCAAGUGUCAGUAAUUUAUCAGAAUUUGAUGAUGCAACUAGACUUUUCUAUAGUAAUGAACAAGUUGCUAAUUACAAUCAUGAACAGCUAACAAAAUUGGCAAAUCCAAUUGCUCAUAUAAAUGCACGCCAUUCUUCUGCUGUGGCGAAGAAAAUGCCAUCUGAUGAAAUGUCUGGACUAGAGCCAGUUGUGUUUCUGGCUAAAGGUGCUAGAGUUAUGUUGACAAUGAAUUUGUGGUCAAGUGUUGGCCUGUGUAACGGUGCAACUGGAACAAUUGUUGACAUUGUCUUCCAGAACAACCAGAAUCCGCCUGACUUACCAAUUGCAGUAAUUGUGAACUUUGAGAAUUACAGAGGUCCACAUUUUUCAGAAGAACGACCAAUGUGUGUUCCUAUAUGUCCUAUCACUGUCUCAUCACAGACUGAAGGUGGUUUCCAUGAGCGGCAACAGCUGCCUCUUAGACUCGCUUGGGCCUUAACUAUACAUAAAAGCCAAGGACUUACACUAUCAAAGGCUUGGAUAGAUGUUGGAAAAUCUGAAAGAACUGCUGGAGUAUCUUAUGUUGCUAUUAGUAGAGUCAAAACCCUCGCAUCAUGUGUCAUUGAACCGAUGACUUAUGAACGGUUAACAAGCUUGAAAUCUUCAGCUAAUUUACAAUAUAGGCUUCAGGAAGAAGACAGGCUAAAUCAGUUGGCACAAGCAACUUGCAAUGCAGUAAAUAUAGAGUACGUACACCAUUGAGUUUGACCCUGUUGAAGAUUACAAUGUUAUGAAUCUAAUUAUGCCAUGUGUUGUAUAUUUCUAUGCAGUUAUUAAUAAUACAUAUGUUUAUUAUUUCAUUAAUUAAAUAAUAGUGCAUUGAUAUAUUAUAUAUCGCCAUUAAUUUGAAUAUAACUGCAUGUAUGAAUAUCUCGAUGCCAUUAUGCUGACAAUGAACAUAAAAAAAUGGUAAGUAAUAAAGUAUUGACGAUUGUCUUCCAUCCUUCCGGCGUCACUUUUAAUAUUUCCGUCACUAACAAUAUUCUUUUUUAUUUUAGUUUCAAUUCCCACUUAUUAAUAAUGAACAUUGCAAGAUUUGAUGGAAACAGUUGAUCAAUGAACGUAUAAGCACGCAGUCUCGACAGUACGAAUUAUAGACAGGAAACGGAUCUACAAUAUUCACAUUCGGGCGAGGUUAAAUACAGCUGAUUGCAUUAAUCCACGUACCGUUUCAAAAUCAAAUAUAUACCGUCACAUCCUUUUUCUGGACUGUUCUUAAUGAUGAUGUACAUAAAGUGAUGGACAUAUUAAACAAUGGUUUAUCCACGCGAGUAAGAAGCGAUAUAUUUUCCAGUGGCGAUAGCAUGCGGAGUUCAAAAAUUACGAAUAAAGAUUGUCUGUAUCACUGGACAUUGACAUUUCCGACCAUCUAUCACAGACAUUGACACAUCAAAAUAACUCCGCGAAGAGUUCAACAGAAAGAAUAUUGGUAUAAUAUCUGGACUAAUUUGGCAUAAAUCAAUUGUUUGAAUAGCCAAAUUAAAAGUUGUACAAGUGACAAAAUCAUUCAAUAAUAUUCACAUUUUAUCAUUUAUAUUAUGUGUCAACUAUCAAAGUCGCACUGUUAAGUAUAUUAAAAUAUACUUUUCAUAAGAUUAGAUGUAAGAUAUAAUUGUACGAAGGUAACUGAGGAACGACGAUGUGUAAGACAAUAAAUCAUACAUACAGUGAAAAACGCUCUUUUUGUAGCACAUCCUACAUGUACAUAUCGGCAGCAUUUUCCUUGCGAUAGUAACUCCUAGUAAUAAUUAAUAAAUUCCGAGCACGUGCAAGGAAUUUUUGGUAGGCGAUUAAGGAAACGUAUUGAUGCGAACAAACUAACAAACGGACAAACUAACAAACUCACAGGCAGAAUAUAAUGCGGUGCCAAAAAUGGCACGGGCACCUAUACUCAAAAUAAUUACAAUAUGUCCAUGACAACCACGCAUAAAUAUUCUCUAUAUAUAUUCGAAUUUACGUUUAAUUUGUCAAGUGGUAGGCAAGAUAUUAAUCCUUUUGAUUUUUUUAUUCAGUGUCUUGACUCAACACGGGUGUGAUAGGAACUUGAGAAAAUGAUAGUUGCAACUUGCGUGUUUCGAUUGCAAUUUGCUCGGAGCAAUUUUCCGGUGAACGCAAUUUAUUUUACUUUAUCUAGAACGAUAACACUCAGUUAUUUGGCAGUUAAAAAGUGAAGCCUCAUGCACAGAGUAACAUACAGAGGCUUACAUCUCUGCGAGAAAACCGUAAGGAACCGGAGGGUGGUUUUUUUUGGCCGCCAUGUUCUUAGCCAGUACCUGCACAUGCGCAGUUUACGUAAAAAGGCAGCUUCUCUUUACUGGACUGGCUAAAAACAUGGCGCAUUUUUCCAAAAAAUCCCUUACGCUAAAUUAACCUGAAGAGACCUCUGUAUGUACUUACUCUGUGCCUCGCGUGAGCAGUGGCAUCAGCCCGCUCCAUGUCUUUUAUCUGGAAGGACAACAUGCAGGGAGAGAAACAUGAAGCCAAUGCCACUUGACGCGCGCUGAUUCGUGAUAGACCGCGCGGUAAUGGCGUAUAAGGCGACUGAAACUGACAUACUAUAUGGCGUGGCGAUGGACCACGCGAUGAUGGCGUAUAAAGGGACUGAAAGUGAUGUACUAUUUGGCGUGAUCAUGGAGAGCUGACGCCACUGCUCAUACGCGUAUUGCACACACAAGGCUUCACUUUUUAACUGCCAAAUAACUGAAUGUUAUCGUGUCCCAGGUAAAUAGAUUGAGUUCACUGGAUUGCAGUCCUCCACGCCACAUAGUAUGUCAGUUUCAGUCCCUUUAUAUGCCAUCACCGCGUCGUCCAUCGCCACGCCAUAUAGUAUGUCAGUUUCAGUCCCCUUAUACGCCAUCACCGCAUGGUCUAUCAUGAAUCAGUGCGCGUCAGCCAUGCUGGCGUUAGCAUGAAGUGGCGUUGCUUCACGUUUCUCCCGCAUGUUAUCGUUCCAGAUAAAAAACAUACAGUUCACUGCAAGAUUGAUUCAAUGUUGCAAAACUCAUGGGAACAAAACAUCCGGUUUGACUGUAAUACUCAAUGUCACUUCCAGUAACUUUUAAUAAACAGCCAUGAAGAUGAAGUUUUUUUCCUAAGAAAAUAAAUUGCGUUUUAAAAUGCAGUUACAUGUGUACUUUAAAUUUAAAUUGACUGCAUGCAUGUACUAAAACUUUACUUUGCCAACUUUGAGUUUUUAUAAGUGAAAGAGUACGAAAGUUUAUUGCUUUGAUUUUUAUAUAUUAUGUAUAUUCAUUGAUGUUUUGGUGCCCCCCCCCCUCAAAAUUUAAUUUUCCUGAGGUGACCCCCCUUUCCCAUCACUAUUUGUUCUGGUGGCCCCCCGCAAAAACCACCAGCCCCCCUCCUCCUGAUAAAAAAUGAACGGUCCCUUACAUCAAUGUGUACAUUAAUUAAGUUCUAAUUCUACAAUGUUUUUCUUGGUGGUUUUCCAUAUGCUCGCUCGAUAAUGACAUCUUCGUUCGCAAAUUAUGAAUGUCAAAUCCAAGUGCCUCGAGCAUUAAAACACUACAGUGAGGAUGCAAAGAAAGAAAUUGAACGAGGUCUUGAUGGUUAUUUUUGUUGUUCUGUUGCUUUGUAUUCAUUUUCUUAGUUACUUAAGAAAACCUCCUGACUCCCACACGGGACUUGAACCCGUAAACUAAAAGAUUGUAGUAUGACGCUUUGUCAAUUAGCCUUUCUCACGAUGACGAAUAUCCGCCAUCUUUGGGUGGCAUCUAAUUCUCGUUAACCAAUGCAAACAAUUAAAACAACGUGAAAAGCAAUUUUUCAAAAUAAACUAACCAUUUACAAAGCAGAUUUACCAUCAUUCGUCCAAAAAAUUAUAAAAAAAUUGCUGUUAUGUGGACUUAUCUCGCAGACUUCGGCUGAAAAGCCACCCCAAAAUGGCGGCGUAAGAAAGGCUAAUUGAACCCCCCGAAUUUACAUCACCUUGUAACUGAGGUCCCAGUUACAUGAUUAGCUAAUUACUUUUCAUAUCGGAUUGUCUACUUCAAUCCGAUAACAAAAAAUAACAAAAAGCCCAGAGUUUUCCCCGUGGCUCAAAGCAAAGAGGAGUUUUGGAAAGCGUGCAGGGAGAGGUUGUGUGCUUGUGUUCUUCAAUCAGGGACUGGUACGAAGGCUGAUAACACUAUCCACCAGUUAGCGAUUAUUAAUAGUGAGGUCCAUAUCCAUAAUUUUAUAGCUUUCCGAGCAUUUUUACAACGGCUGAAAAACACUAUCCGGUAGUAGCGCUAUCCGGCCUUCGUACAACCGGCCUGAGAGGACAAUCUUAAUUUAAUUGGAUGUACAAUAUAUAUUGUACAAAUAGGAAAUGGCAUAUAUGCACAUGCAAUCAACCAUGCAUGCCACAGUUAUUUUCACUAACAGUGCUAAAAUGCUAAACUCUUUAAACCAUUUAUGUCAAAACACACACUGUCGCCAGCAAUAGUUAUAGUAACACUCUAGUAACACUGACCGACGAUGUCCCUGUGAUGGCCCCUUUGGCCCUCUAGAGAGAACCAUCUAAACAGAAAUUAUAUCUACUGUAGUAAAUGAAACUUGUUUUGCCUUUUGUAAAGAAUGUAAAUGUGUUCACCCAGUUUGUGACGAUCUUGGCAAUCAUAGCACUGAUACACUCCUAACUAUCACAUCUGUAAUAGUUGAUCUUCCUAUGGCGCAGCAUACGGUUGCAUGUUAACUGGCAGUUAUCAUGCAGAGCAGAAACAAUUUUAAUUUUUUUUAUUAUAUAUGUGGAAGCAAAGAAAUAAAAUUGAGAGAUGAAGAUUACUUUUCGUUGUUUCUUACAUUGUGAAUAAUCCUGAAGUUAACCACCAUCUACUUGCCCACAACACUUGCUGAAAGCCACUAAUACAAGGUGAUUUCUCAAUUUUAGAGCAGGGAAAUUACGGCUUGAUGCACUGCGUAAAAAUACUACACCAACAGACAGCAGGAAUGUUGAUAGCGCGUUAGGAAACACGGACUCUGGUGACGGGGCUAAAGCACUAAAGAAAAGAGUAGCCAUUGGUUGUAGACAGUGGAAAGAGAUUGUUGAAAGUUAUGGCAUUAUGGAAGAAGAUGUAAAAGAAACACGGAAGAAAUUGAUAACUUUGCAAGAUCUUGUGAGUUUGUUUGUAAAUGUUAUAAAAAUUUAUCAGGCAAAACAGUGGUUGACCGAUUGUGCCACAAUCGGAAUUACCGAUUACCAAUUAUUCAGAAGAAUGCGUCCUCCUGUCAGAUGAACCUGUUGACCCGUCUUUGACAGUACAGUACUUAAACCGCAUUUCCACCGUUGUCAAUUUUAAAAUUUCAACAAACUUACUGUACAAUAUGACUACUAUUAAAAACGUAUAAUUGCAGUUAUGAAUAUAAAAUAAUAAAUGUUUUAAAUCUUCAUCUUUAGCUGUUAAAUCAAGGAAUGGAGACCGAGCAAUCUGAUGAUGAAAGCAACUUUACUUCGCUAGAUGGCUCUCUCUUGCAAGAACAAAUAACAAUCCUGAAUGCUCGCUUGGACCAACGUACUUCUGAAUAUGAUGAACUUAAAAAUGAACUAAACAGAACAAGGGAGGAAUGUAUUAACCUCCAGGGAAUCAAACAAGGUUUACAAUCUCGACUGACAGACCAAGAACAGGUUAUGAUGAAACUUAAAGGUGAAUUAUUGAAACUUGGCUUUUCACAUCAGACUACAAAUUCUGAUAAAGAUGAACUUCAGAAAAUAUUAGAAGAACGAGAUCGAGAAAUCGCGCUUCUUCGCUCACAAUUGGUUUCGAAGGAGGAUCAAAUUGACAAGCAAAGAAAAGAACUCGAUAAGGCGUUAACAAGAAUAGCCGAUGUCGACAAUGUUGAGGUAGAGUUUUGUAUUGAUUUGCUCUAGUGCCUCUGCUCCGAUCUUUUGAGAUCUUGAAAGUUUUCAAAUUACUUGUAUUAAGUAGUAUUUUUCUAUUCCUUAAGGUCAUGUUACACGGUGCAAUUUUUCUUGCAACUUGCAAUGCAAUUAUACUCUUGAGAGAUGUUAAUUAGUGAAAUCAGUGAAGAAUUUUCUAUAUGUUGAGAAAACAUCAGCGGAGUGUAAUGAAGAAUCGUAUUUGGCAAUUUUACAUCUCUCAAGAGUAGAAUUGCAUUGCAAGUUGCAAGAAAAAUUGCACCAUGUAACAUGGCCUUUAGGGCCUGUUAGUGAAAUCGAUGCGGUCAGAUCGACUUGAGAUCGAUCUCGAUGAGGUCAGAUCGAUUUGAGAUCGAUCUCCAAGCGGACCAAUUAGAUACUGUAGUUCUUUCGUGCGGUCACAACACCAUUACAAAAUACGCGCGCAGAUUUCGUUCCCCAAACAACAAAAUGUGUUGUCUAAGGUAGGGCCAGGUCACACGUGAACUGUUGCUGAAAAUAUGAGAUCGAUCUGAGUCGGCCUGUUGGAAGAGGCCUCGACUCAAAAGCAGUAGCUUUUCGUGUAAGACGUGUAAAAAGAGAGAUACAGUAUAGUAUGGUUGGAAGGGAAUAUUUUGACCGGGCUUUUAGCCAGAGUGUCAGAAUGUGUCAAAAUAUACUGUGGGUGUGGUCAAAGAACAUGCCCCUUAAUUGAAAUCAUUUGUUAUAUACUUAUAAUUCAGCGGCUUUUCGACAAACAAUUGAUUACCACUUGAUCUCAGUGGAGCAGUCCCAUAGCGUCGGCAAUCUAAAUUCGCACAUCCAGUACUCCUUUCCCCAUAUCACGUAAUCUUUUGUAUGGAUGGAUUUUUUUUCGGACAAUCUUCAUUUUGAAGAAUGUCCGAAAUUUUCUCUCCCCGAAUUUUUACAAUAGCCGAUCAUAUCAGUCAGCGCAUUAUCCUCGUACUUCGUGCGGAAAGGUGUUUUCAACCCCAAUAGCCACUGGUAAUUUCCUCUGUUUUGUUCAGUUUGAAUUACCCGUAUAGCACUAAAUUGUAGAGUUUGAAAUAUUUGCUAAGUGAAUUAUCAUAUAAAUUUAGAAAGACCUUCGUUCAAAGAUUAAAAAACAUGAAGUAAACGCGGGAGGUCUGCGAUCGCAAGUGAAAGAACUUCAACAGAAACUUCGAUCUGUGGACGCUUCUGAGGUACAGGUGGUACUUUGUAAACAUUAUACUCUGCAUGAUCUAUUUGGGCUAUUUCGUUCUGUUGUAUUAUAUUCUGUUUUGUUCUGUUAUAUUCUAUAUUCGAUAAGAGGAGUGGAAUUAAAGCAAAGGCGACAUAAGUAUUUGUUUCAAUUCUAACUGUGUUAUUCUUUAGGUAAAACUGUCAAACAGGAUAACCUAUCAAGAUCGUAGAGUAGCUCUGCUGGAAGAUAAAGUUCUGCGGGAGCAGGCAAGAUCGGUAAGAUUAAUCUGAUGUUGCUUACUUUAUUAUAUUGACAGAAACGAAAAUAAACAGGGACAGAAACCCAUUAACCCCACCUAUAUCGUGUUGCAUAAUGCAUUGCGGUCGCGUGCCUGCACAACCCGACAAAUCACUGCCUGAGCUGAAAAUCGGCAAAUAAAUGGAAACCUUCGAACUGCGCUUUGUAAUAUUGCUCAUGAAGCUAGGAACUUAUGAUUGGACAAUUUCGACGAUCGAAAUAGUUUGGCAAUCUAGAGGCAGUUGAUGCAAUCGACAUCAACAACAACGCAAUCUGCUCCAGAAGGCGACAGAGAAAGAAGUGUGACGGUCGUAGGCCCAUAAGUACAAAUGCGAGUAAUUAUUACUCGCAUUUGUACUUAUGGGCCUACGACCGUCCCCGGUGUACUUAAUCGAUAAAAAUAGAUCACCGGAAAUCCAAUCGAUCAAUCAAUAGUAAUCGAUGUUAAUUUCUUAAUUAUAAAAUGCUUUCGAUUUUUAUCGAUUUAUAUCCUAAAUAAUCGCCGCGUGUCGGCGUGUUCGAGCUACAUAAAUAGUAAAUCUGUUCUCAUUUUUCGAAUGUACACAUGUAUUUGAUCUGUAUUAUAGCUAGAUGAAAACCUAAUUUAAUCCAUUGUUACUGAAUUCCGUUCUAUUAAUUAAAUUACGGCGUUACCUGUUUGAUUGCAUGCAUAUUAAUGGCGGAUUUUUUUAUCAAUGAAAAUUAAUAAUAAAUCGGUGAUCAAUCGAUGAAAGUCACAGCAAAAGAAGCCAUCGAUUAUUCAUCGAUUUCCAAUAUCAAUCGAUUGAUAAAUAUCGAUUGGGAUUGAUAAAUAUCGAUUGGUAUUGAUUGAUAUCGAUACUCAUCGAUUAUCGAUUUCAUCGAUUAAGUAUGCCGGGGACCGUCACACUUCUUUCUCUGUCGCCUUCUGGAGCAGAUUGCGUUGUUGUUGAUGUCGAUUGCAUCAACUGCACUGCCUCUAGAUUGCCAAACUAUUUCGAUCGUCGAAAUUGUCCAAUUAUAAGUUCCUAGCUUCAUGAGCAAUAUUACAAAGCGCAGUUUGAAGAUUUCCACUUAUUUGCCGACUUUCAGCUCAGGCACAGGCUGUGAUUUGUCGGGUUGUGCAGGCACGCGACCGCAAUGCAUUAUGCAACACGAUAUAAAAGUGCUUUCAGCAUAUGAUAAAAGUUUAGCAUGUUACAUGAAAAUUUGGAAUACGAUGUAAAAUGGGUCGCGGCAAAAUUAAAGUUUGGCAUGUUAUAAAAAACUUUGGCAUGUUAUUUAAAAGUUUAGAAUAAGUUAUAUAAUUUGACAACACGAUGCAAGAAGUUCUGAAUGUAUAUGAUGAUGUUUAGAAUGGCCUUUAUAAGUUUAGCACAAGUUUUUGAAAAUUAUCACUGUGUAUGUAAAAUAUGCCAUAUAUAUUUUGAAUUUAGCAUGUUAUAGAAUAAGUUCAGAAUAAUGUCCAAUUCCGCGCCUCAUAUGUAUAGGUAAGAGAAAUUACGCGUUUUUAGAAGAAAAGCAUGAAUGGUGAUCAUAACUAAAUACAAGUGGAAUAACAUCAUUCGUUGUGAUCGGUGUUGUUUUGUUUUGUUCACCCAAAUACAUAACAUUUGCUUUGCAGAAACUUGAGGAUAUGGAUACAGUCAGACAAUGUUUACAGAGACUGAGAAGUUCUCUUUCUGGGCAGGAUCCUCAGCAUCGCACGCUAGACACUUUGGAAGAGGUGGGAAAGCGUUUGUAAAAACAGUAGAGAACUUAUUCUGCAUGGUUUCCAUAUGGUCGUAACGGUCGUAAAGAUCGAGUCAUGAUCCUUCUCAUCAGCCGAAAUACAACAUUUUAGAACUGAAAAUACGCGGAGUGAUUAUAACUAGAGAAUACUUAUGAUUUAUAUGUGGUUUACAGGUAUAAACUGGCCGUUGACAAGAUCGUGAUCUAUUUUUACAACCAUGCAUUACAACCAUAUGUAAACCAGGCUUUAGCAGCCGACGUCUUUUCAAAACGGACCUUUAUCACGACAUGUUCAAUUUUUAUAGUUUUUUGCAAGAGAACAUUGUUACAAACCAUAUACUAUACUGUCGCAUAUGGGCCUUCCGAAGGAGGUUUUUUAAUUGAUACAUAAUAUAUUUUGUAAACUGGGAGGAGGUUGUUGUAUUGAUUUUGUUGAACUUCUUGUUGAUUCAUGCUGUUAUUCCUCUAAAAUAUAUUUAAGGCGAUCAAAUUUAUUUCAUUGCAACUAUUAUGAUAUAAAUAAUAUACAAUGUAAACUUGCAAAUAGUACUACGUAAUUCUGAUGAGUAUAUUAUCACAACCCUCACCCAGCCCAUUUUUAACAGCACUUGUAAGACCAAUCAGCCGAACAAAUAAGUAAUUUUUAGGAGGAGUGCCCGAUUUGAUCAGUCCUAUAGGACUAAUUUAGACUAUUUCUACUAUAGCAGCAGUUAUAAAAUAUAAAUAAUACUUGCAUACUGUACGGAUGAAGCGUCUUUAUAUUUGUCACAACUCAGCAAUGUUUUAUUAAUAUUUUUAGACUUUAACCAAUAUAGUUGACACUGGAUUUGUACCGUUUCCCACUAACGAUGUUUUCAAGGUACAGUUGAAGAUUUAAUGUAAGAGAACGAAGAUCUCAUUUCUCUAGCUUUUUCUUGUCUUCAAUGUCAAUGCUUAUUAGAACCUUCUAAUUGAAGCUCUGGUUUCGUAUUGAAAUUCUUUCGUAAACAGUUGUUAUUUAAAUUCUGCGAAGAGCUUAUUAUGCUUGUGAUUCUUCAUACUUUUCUUUAAGUAUAGGUAAUCAUGCGAUGGCGAGUACAAUUGGGGAUUAAUAGUACGAGUGAUGUUUGGAAAUUUUGCCAAAAUUGGACGAGCCGCCGGGGCGAGUCCAAUUUGGCAAAUUUCCAAACAUCACGAGAUUUUUUAAACACGUUUGUGUUUAAAAUACCUUUCCGCCAUUUUGUUUGUUUUGGGAAAAUCAUUAAUUGAACUGCAGUACAAUUAAUGAAAUAAUUGUACUCCUCUCAACCAAUCAGCAUCCAGUAAUUUUGUCAUGCUAAUAAUAAAAAUAGUAAAUCUUUAUUUACUAUAUUAUAAAUAAAUGUGUUGAAUUGAAACAUUCAACGUUGAAGGCGUUUUGGAAAAUGUCGACAGAUUUCUUUUACUGCUGUACAUGCAUCUCAAACCAUGUAUUCAUGGUUAUAAAAAUCACAUUUCUAGACUUUUCACAGUUGUCAUGUCCUUUGUUUACCGCUCAUAAUUACAAUUAAUGAGUGGUAUAAACAAAGGAAAUGACAAUUGUGAGAAGUCAAGUCUAGAAAUGUGAUCUAAAUUGGCAUAGAACUUCGUCAACCUUCAACUUUAAUUUCUCUUAAAAUUCAGACUUUCUUGCCAUCCUACUUUUCUUCAUCUUUCCUACUUUUCCUAUUUUUAAUUAAAAAUUGCUUAUUUUCCUACUUUUUCUCAUAAAAUCCUACUUUUUUAAGACAGCUUGGGGAAUCAGUAUGUUAUACUGUAGCUCUCGUAAUUAGAUCUAUAUAGGACUCGUAAUUUUUAUUCCCUAUUUGUGUCCCGGAUGAUAAGAUCUCAGGAAGAGAAGAAGUACUUUUUCCGAGUAUAAAAUUCCAUAGCAUCUUUAGAAUUAUAAUCAAUAAAUUAAUGAAGACUCUGAAAGUGCCAUUUCCGACGAUCUAGAGAUUCCAAAUAUUCAACACCCCUCAGUUAAUCAAGCGUCAUAAACACGCGGGAAUGUUGCGAGGGUUAAGAAAAGCGAGCGAAAUCACGAGCCGAAGGCGAGUGAUUUUGCCCGCUUUUCUUAACUCGAGCAACAUUCCCAAGUGUUUGGAUCAUUCCAUCCAAACACGGAAACCAUAAAGUAAUUGUUUUAUAAAAUAACAACAACACGAUAGCCUUCCGUGUUUGGAUGGCCUGAUCCAAACACGGGUUUCGACCAAUCAGAAUACGCGUUAUGUACAUGUUAUUUUAUAAAUUAAUAUCUAAUUUUAAACGUUUCGAGAAAAAAUCCUGCAUAGAUGAAUGAGUACAAAAAAAUAUUGAGCACCAAAAAUUCACACAACUUCCCCAUUAGAUAUCUAAUAGUCCACCCCUUACCAUAUAUAUCCUAGGGAGCCAAUUUUGUAUAUUUUUGUGUUAUUUGCAUCUCCAAAAACUCCUACUUUUGUCCUACUUUUCUACACAUUUUCCUACUUUAUUCCUACUUUGCCUAAAAUUAUAGUCCUACUUUUGUCCUACUUUUCUACACAAGGAUGCCAGAAAGCCUGAAAAUACUGAUUCAUUGGUGAAUUCGAGAUGUCAUGUCAAACCCGACUAUUCGGACUUUACCAGACAUCCAGUCCUUGCAAUUAGUUCAGUUCGUGCGCGAACUUGAUAUCCGGUAAAGUCCUCAUUGUUUGAUUUGAUAUAUUACAUCGACUUUCUCCCUCCAAAAACAAAACAACAUUGAUCAACUUCCAUGUUAUUCUUUUUUAUGUGUAAGCCCUUGUGUACCUAUAUUUUGAGUGCGGAGAGUUAUUUAGUUUUAUCAUGUACUCGGGAGGUGAAUCUUGCACUAUUCACCUCCUCGUCUUAGCAAGUGCCAGUCGUGGAGCAUAUACAUUGUGGUGCGGUAAUAUCCCUGAGCGGUUUAAUUUCGCUUAUUAUACCGCAGCUGUAUUCGGGAAAUUGUAUUCUUACGCUUGCCAUAGUUUGCACUUUUUAUAAACAUCGAUCAGCCUCAAAUCCGACCUAUAAAUUAUACUUUUUUUCCGCAGGCAUCUCCAAGAAAUAACAAUUAUCAAAACGGCCUUAGCAGUCCUCGAGAGAAAGGUGAGUGUAAUAUACAAUUGUGUAUAUUCUUCCUUUUGACUUUUGAAAUUCGUAUAAACGCUUAUGUAACGAAAAAAACUCUUUUACGGCAAGUUAAUAAUAUAACAGGUACAUAAUAUAAUCUCAUGUUGAGUGAUGCAUGAAUGAAGGUCUAUGCAGUGGCGGACACUGGGGGGGACUGAGCGCUGAAAAAGUUGCAAUGAUCGAUAGCUGGAUAAGAACUGAGAUAUCCAUAACCAAAAGAAGGGGGGGGGGGUAACUUUAAUUUCCCCACGCGUGAAAUGUCUGCCAUGCUUUCUGCACGAGUUCAUGGUGACGUAUAUGGUAGUUUUCUUGGAGUUUUCUUCAUACAUAUAUUUCGAUAAAUGCAUGUGUAUGUAUAGAAAUGGUGUCCCACAGUUCUCUUAGUUUUUCUCUGAUCCAUUUUGACCUUCCCAGUAAUAUUAUAUAGUACUCAGUUAACGAGCAAUCGUUCAAGGGCUUUGGGAAGCUAUUUGGAUCGGAGCGAUCACUUUAUACUUAGUGUCGACUAAUAUGGUUAUUAUAAUUAACAAUUAUUCAUCGAAGUGGAGGUGAAUAGUGCAAGGAUAUACACAGUACGAUAGCUUGAAAGAAUACCUCUGCACACUGUUAAACAAAACUUUGUGGCUUUCUUCGUGCUUAACCGGAGCGAAAUGGGACGUCAUUUUGUUUUUGUCCGCAGGUGAAUGGUGCAAGGAUAUCCAGAGCUGGGCAACCAAUCAAAUUGCGCGAAAGCACUAUCCACCUCCCGAGUAUAUGCUAAUACAUUGUAUACCAUUUUAGACGUUACAAAGUCACCAGAUGUUACACGGAUAACCUACCAACCAUCUUGGUCUUCCACACCAUCUGUUCUGAUUAUGUCGAAAAGGUAAUCAUCACGAAUUGAUAGUAUAAGAAAGAUUUGACGUCGUCGAGCAUGACUUCGUCACGACUGUUACAGUCAAUUAGCCUUUCUCACGCCGCCAUUUUUGGGGUACUGUAAUUUUUCGUAAACGAUUAUAACAAUGUGAAAAGCAAUAUUUCAGAACAAACUAACUAUUUACAGAGUAAAUUUACCAUCAUACACCCAUAAAAUUAUAAAAUGUCGAAGUUACGUGGUGUUACACUCGCAGGAUUGGCAAAAAAGUACCCCAAAAAUGGCGGCGCGGGAAAGGCUAAUUGAAAAUGCUUAAUUAAAGAAACUGAAACUAAUAAAAAAACUCGUAAUCACAAUAUGUAUACUUGAGUCGUUUUGUCACACACGUUGAAUCGUUGAUCAUCAACAUGCAUUAAUUAACGGGGUUAAUGGGAUCGAUUUGCUGUUUUUUUCAAGCAAAUGAAGUGGAUGGUGCAUGUAGGUUUAUUUUAAGUUUCUGCUUUGCAUUUUGGUUAAGAGCAAUCUACGCGCUAUAUUCAAGAAAAAAUGGGGCCACGGACUAAACUCUCUGGAAUACCGCAACGAAGUGUACAUUCUCUUUAAAGUGCCUAUGACACGAAAUUUCACCCCAAAUGUUUAUGGUUGCAUUGUAAAGAUCACUUAAAAUGACUUAAUAAUUUCUUUUAUAGAAUUUUGGUAACUUGCUUCCUUUUCAAGAUAUUCAAAUUCGUUUCAUAUGCAAAUAUCACCGGUGUGACAUCACAUCACAUAAUGAGUUUUCAGAAAAGUAUAGUUUUCUUGACGAAUACGUAUCUAAAAAACUUAAAAAUUGCCCUUGUAUUUGUAUUAAUUUCAUAACUGGCAAUAACCCUCUGUAUUUGCACGGGCAAUAGGACAGGUGUAGUGUUGUUAAAUAAAAAGUUAGAAAUGGUAUUGUACUUACCCAUGCAUUAUAAUUAUGUUUAGAAGAUCAGAAUAUUCAUAAAUUCUUAUUUUGUUUCAUAAAUAGUUCUUUAAUAUUCGAAACAAAUUCCAUAUCUGCUUCGUCUGCCAUCGCCAUGUUUACUCGUCCCAAUCUACAUGCUGCACGGCAUUGCCGCCCCUCCUGGCAAAAUAAUAAGCAAGCGAGAAAAAUUAAGGAGAAAAUAAGAGGGUAGGAACACUGUGGGCGUUUCGUGGGCGUUUCGUGGGCGUUUCAUCGCUCUGGGCGAAUCAGCUUUCUCAAUCUUGUAUCACAAGACUAAUUCAAAUCGUCAUAGGCGGGAAGCAGCAUUACACGUCAUCCCUACGUCAAAUAAAACGUUAUAAAACGCGUCGUGGAUACGUUUGUGCCAUAUAUGGAAGUUAUGGAUACGUUUGUGCCAUAUAUGGAAGUGUCACUGCAUCCAGCUUAUGACAACGAUGUUCCUACCCUCUUAUUUUCUUCUAAUUUUUCUCGCUUGCUUAUUAUUUUGCCAGGAGGGGCGGCAAUGCCGUGUAGUAUGUAGAUUGGGGCGAGUAAACAUGGCGGCGGCAGACAAAGUAGAUGUGGAAUUUGUUUCGAAUAUUAAAGAACUAUUUAUGAAACAAAAUAAGAAUUUAUGAAUAUUCUGAUCUUCUAAACAUAAUUAUAAUACAUGGGUAAGUACAAUACCAUUUCUAACUUUUUAUUUAACAACACUACACCUGUCCUAUUGCCCGUGGUAUUUGUUUGUAAAAAUAUUUUAUCAAAGUAAAAUAUUGCGUUUUCAAAAUGUCAUGCGAUGUGAUGUCACACCGGUGAUAUUUGCAUAUGAAACAAAGUUGAAUAUCUUGUAAAGGAAGCAAGUUACCAAAAUUCUAUAAAAGAAAUUAUCAAGUCAUUUUAAGUGAUCUUUACAAUGCAAUCAUAAACAUUUGGGGUGAAAUUUCGUGUCAUAGGCACUUUAAUGGGGAGCUCUUCACACAGCGUUAAUUAAAUACCAGUUUUGGGGUGCAUUCGAUGGAUGGGAUUUUUUAUUUCUGGAAUAAUUUUGUAUCGGAAUUUUGUAACCAUAUACGAAUUAUUUCUAGACUUGGCGAGGUGACUUUGGGAGAUUUUAAAUCGUUACUUGAUCCACCAGGACAAUAUCGAUAUUACUUUAAAGCUUUGGAUGCAGAAUUUGGAACUAUCAGGGAAGAGGUAUGAAUUUCUAAUCACCCUAUGUGUCGUUACAGAAAGUACAGAAAGUUCAAUCAGAAAAAAUGGGGCCAAUUUCGAUGUUAACUACCCCAAUUUUAGAUUAAGUUCUCCCUUUCCUUGCAAUCCUUAAUUCCCACCCUCUAAUCCUUGUCACGCCAUUUUAUAGUACUGUAAUAUGGAAAAAACGUUUGAGUGCGCCAUACUUGAAAUUCGUACGUACAGCAAUUCCUUUCACUGUGACAGGAUAUCAGAUGGGAUACAAAAAGUUAUAUGCUUGAACACGUAGAUAGUUCUCACUCAUGACUAUCACAGCCAACUGGGGCACUUUGUAUAUAAAUGCCUGAAAAGCUGUCAAUAGGCAUAUGGACCCAUUAUAUUUAUGGAUACUAAACUUUAAUCUGGGUUCUACCAGUCAAUAGUCUAUUUUAGAAAGCUUGACAAAAUCACUUUUCGCUGGAAAGCAAUCCAAACGACAACAGGCCUAUAAGGCGCCUUGGUGUAACAUUUGCAGUGUUUUGUUCACUUUUAUCCUAUUUUUAAAGAUAAACAUCGUUAGGGUUUCCACGUCUUCGAAUUUCUACCUCAAGUUCUCAUUUACUGUUUCAGCUGGUGAAUGACGAGGACGUGAUCCCAGGUUGGGAAGGUAAAAUCAUGGCAUGGAUUUCAGACUCUACUGAAGAUGAAAAAGUCAACUUCGGUCAAAAUGAUUCCAGUGCUUCACUCAAAACGAAACGAAGCGAAACUGAUAUUUAACUAAUAUAUUGAUUAUAAUUAGAAGAAAUUAUUAUAUAAAUAUGCAUAUAGCUGUAAAUCGAUUUAAAUUAUAUAUUAAGAAUUGUUCGCAAAGUAAUAUAAUUAUACUUUUAUUAAUUAAAGCCUGGUGGUGUCAUUAUAUAAAGAUAUAGAAAUUGCGGGAACCACUAUAAGUAUUUUAAAUACAAAACAAUACUACUCCGAAAACGUUAAUGAAACAGAAAUUAAU